AUGUGCGCCCGUGAAGUGCACGCGCCAAUCCAGCAGGCGUGUGUUUUCAUCUCCCAUCACAUACCAUUGGCAGAGCGAGUUUAUAACCUUACCUACACCGGCUCUUUGAUACCCCACCAUGGAUAUGGACAGUGCCAGUUCAGUGCCGAGGAGCAGCUGCGGCAGUGGGAGACUCAGCCAGGAUUUUAUUCAGUGCUCCUGAAUAUAGUCAACAACCACAUGCUUGAUGUAAAUGUCAGGUGGCUGGCUGUGCUGUACUUCAAAAAUGGGAUUGACAGAUACUGGAGGAGGGUAGCGCCGCAUGCAUUGUCAGAGGAGGAGAAGACAUCGUUACGUGCCGGGUUGAUCACAAACUUCAACGAACCUGUCAAUCAGAUCGCUACACAGAUUGCUGUGCUGAUUGCUAAGGUGGCGCGCCUGGACUGCCCGCGACAUUGGCCUGAGCUCAUCCCCAUCCUGCUGGAGUCUGUGAAGGGUCAGGACAGCCUCCAGCAGCAGCGUGCUCUGCUCACCUUCUACCACGUCACCAAAACCCUGGCCUCAAAGUGCCUGGCCCCAGACAGGAGGCUGUUCCAGGAGCUGGCAUCGAGCAUCUACAGCUUUGCAUGUUCCCUGUGGAGCCACCACACAGACUGCUUCCUCCAGCAGAUCUACGCCAGAGAGGAGGGGCCAGCGCUCAGUUCACUGGAGAGGACCCUGCUCUCACUCAAAGUUCUACGAAAGUUGACUGUCCAUGGAUUUCCAGAACCUCAAAAGAAUAUGGAAUUAAUGGGCUUCCUGAAUGCAGUCUUUGAAAGGCUGAAGCAGUUCUUGGAAUGCUGUCGACAAGUUGGUCCUGAGAGCCCCUGCAGGGAGAAGCUGGAAAAAACGAUUAUCUUAUACACCAAAGUUUUGUUGGAUUUUCUAGAGCAGCAUCCGUGUGCAUUCAUCCCUCACAUCCAGCGCUCUCUGGAAUUUGCUGUGAGCUACGUGUUUACGCCCGCUGGGGAAGGACUCGUCUUCGAACGCUUCAUUGUUCAGUGCAUGAAUCUCAUCAAAAUGAUCUUGAAGAAUGAUGCCUACAAACCCAACAAGAACAUAGAAGAUAGUAAACCAGAGAGUCUAGAAGCUCACAGGUUUAAGACGGCAUUCUUCACACACCCCACUCUCACUGAAAUUGGACGCAGACUGGUGUCGCACUACUUUCUGCUUACACCGGAGGAACUGGUCAUGUGGGAAGAGGAUCCAGAAAGCUUUGCUGUCGAAGAAACCGGCGGUGAUUCUUGGAAAUACAGUUUGCGGCCCUGCACAGAAGUUUUGUUUCUGGAUAUCUUCCACAACUACAGCCAGACGUUGACCCCAGUGCUGCUUGAGAUGGUGCAGAAUCUUCAAGGUCCAACCAACGUGGAAGACUCUGUUCAGUUAUUGAUGAAAGAUGCAGUGUACAAUGCAGUGGGUCUGGCCGCAUAUGAGCUUUUUGAUAACGUGGACUUUGACCAGUGGUUCAAAAACCAGCUGCUUGGGGAACUGCAAGUCAGUCAUCACAGGUACAAGCUGAUCCGCCGGCGUGUCAUUUGGUUGAUCGGACAGUGGAUCUCGGUCAAGUUCAAACCGGACCUUCGACCGUUGUUGUAUCAAGUCAUCCUGACGCUGAUGCAGGACCCUGACCUUGUGGUGCGCAUUGAGACUGCCACGACUCUGAAGCUCACUGUUGAUGACUUUGAGUUUCGAACAGAGCAAUUCCUCCCAUACCUUGAGUCCAUUUUCGGGCUGCUCUUUCAGCUUUUGCAGCAGGUGACUGAGUGUGACACCAAAAUGCAAGUCCUCCAUGUCAUCUCGUGUGUCAUCGAAAGAGUCUAUAUCCAAAUCAGACCGUAUGUUGGCUGUCUAGUGCAGUACUUGCCUCUGCUGUGGAAACAGUCCGAAGAACACAACAUGCUUCGAUGUGCCAUCCUCACCACCCUCAUUCAUCUGGUUAAGGGCCUGGGGGCGGAGAGUAAGAACCUCUACCCUUUCCUUCUGCCUGUCAUUCAGCUGAGCACAGACGUGUCCCAGCCGCCUCAUGUGUACCUAUUAGAGGAUGGACUGGAGCUGUGGUUGGUGACUUUAGAGAACAGCCCUGCACUUACCCCGGAGCUACUCAGAAUCUUCCAGAACAUGCCUGCUCUUCUAGAACUGAGCUCGGAGAAUCUCCGCACCUGCUUUCAGAUCGUCAAUGCCUACAUGUACCUGUCGCCCACAGAGUUCCUACAGAGUUACGCUGAGCCAUUGUGUAGAUCUUUCUGUGAUUUACUGAAGGACAUCACGAACGAGGGACAAGUCCAGGUGCUGAAGGUAGUGGAGAUAGCUUUAAAGGUUAGCCCUGUGCUGGCUCCCCACAUGUUCCAUCCCUUGCUGCCCGCUGUCUUCAGAGGUAUUCUGGACGGGGAGAGAUACCCAGUGGUGAUGGCUACAUACCUGGGCAUCAUUGGGCGUGUGCUGCUCCAGAAUUCCAGUUUCUUCUCCUCCUUCCUCUCUCAGAUGGCCUCCGAGUGCAGCCAAGAGAUGGAGCAGUUACUGGGCAGCCUGAUCGAGAUGUGGGUUGACCGCAUGGACAACAUCACUCAGCCUGAGCGGAGGAAGCUGUCCUCGCUUGCCCUGCUCUCUCUUCUUCCAUCUGACAACGGAGUGAUACAAGACAAGUUCUGUGGCAUUAUCAACAUCACGGUGGAGGCGCUACACGACGUCAUGACUGAAGAUUCGGAGACGGGCACCUAUAAAGAUUGCAUGCUGAUGAGCCACUUGGAGGAGCCCAAGCUGAGCGAUGAUGAGGAGCCGCCCACAGAGCAGGACAAGAGGAAGAAACUGCUGGCCCUGGAGGACCCCGUGCACGCCGUCUCGCUGCAGCAGGUGGUGUACGAGAAGCUGAAGACGCAGCAGAGCAUGAUGGGAGACCAGGGCUUCAGUCUGCUCAUGGAGACGGUGGACACUGAGCUGGUGCGGCAGCUGCAAGAGUUUCUCCAAGUUUGA